AUGGCAUCAUCCAGUUCUAGCUCCGGGUCCACCUCCAGUCUUACAAGCAGAGACAGCUGUGCUACCAUAGGUAGCAAUGGAGGUACGCAGCCAACGAAUUUAACCUUCCAAAUAUUACAAAACAUCACGGAUAAUUUCUCUGAGGAACGAUCACUUGGUCAAGGUACUUUUGGAAAAGUUUACAAGGGGGUGCAUGACAAUGGAGAAAAGAUUGCUGUGAAGUUGUUUCACAAUAACAUGCAAGCAAUUGACGACAAACAAUUCAAGAAAGAGUUUAAUAACCUUAUGAUGCUCAACAAUGAGAACAUUAUACGGUUAGUUGGCUACUGCUAUGAAACAAAACAUCAACACAUGGAAUUCGAUGGAAGAAUUAUUUUUGGUGAAAUGACAUAUAAAGCACUUUGUUUCGAGUAUAUGCACAAAGGAAGCCUUCAGAAGCAUCUUUAUGAGGAAUCACAUGGCCUUAAUUGGGACAAACGUUACAACAUCAUUAAGGGGACAUGUGAGGGCCUAAAAUACCUCCACGAAGGAUUCAAAGAGCCAAUUUACCAUUUGGACCUUAAACCGGAAAAUAUAUUGUUAGAUGAGUAUAUGAUUCCAAAGCUUGCUGACUUUGGUUUGUCCAAACUUUUUGGUGAAGAACAAACUAGAGUCACACAAUCUCGUCCAGGGACGAUUGGAUACAUGCCGCACGAAUACUUAUUUAAUGGAAUUGUCUCGAAGAAGGUAGACAUAUUCAGCUUGGGUGUUGUAAUGAUAAAGAUUAUUACAGGGCCUAAAGGACACUCCAGAAGUGCCGAAAUGCCUUACCAAGAGUUUCUUGAUCAAGUACAGGAAAACUGGAGGAAUAGAUUGCAGGCAACAUCGAGUUCAUCCCAGCCACUAGAAGCUUACUGUCAGCAAGUUAACAUGUGCACUAAAAUAGCGCUCAGCUGCAUGGAGACUGAUAGGGACAAAAGGCCCACUAUAUUGGAUAUCAUAGACAAGCUGAAUGAGACUGAAACUAUGUUUGAUGAGGCGUAUUCAUUGCCGGAAUGUAUGACUUCAUGGAUGCGCGGAGACUUGGUGAAGUUAGAAGCCUUCACAAAAUACGAAGCAAUUCCAGGUGCAAACACGUGUAGUGAGUUCCCCGUCGUGCUGCGGAUCACCGGGGAAGUAUGGCGUGGCGUGGAAGAGAUGCCACGCGCAGGCGUGGACGUCGUGGUGGUGGUUGAAGUCGACUGGUACAUGGUGCGUCAAGGGAGGAUGGAUAUCAUCAAGGAAGCCCUGAUGAUCGUCAUCGACAAGCUCGGCCCCAACGACCGGCUCUCCAUCUUGUCAUUCGAGGGUAAUGUGCCCCGCAUCAUGAAGCUCAUGUUCAUGUCGGAGCAAGGCCAGGUUGCUGCCAAGCUCAUGAUCAACGAGCUGUCCGCGAACCAUAGGUACAACUUAAUUGCUGCUCUGCAAGUGGCCGCUAAGAUUCUGAAAGAUGGUCAAGCGGAGGAAAGCCGUGUGGGCUGCAUCAUGUUGCUAUCGGACAAUAAUGACUACCACGGAAUCAAGGACAGGUACGACCAUGUAAUCAGCAAGGAAUUUCCGGCUUACGUCUUCGGCCUGGGCGAGCAACACCACCCGGAGGUCAUGAAGUACAUAGCCGACAGGACACGUGGCACGUGCUCUUUCGUCCACUACGACAUCAAGGGGAUGAAGGAUGCUUUUGAGCUGUUCAUCGGCGACCUGACAAAAAUCACCGCAACAUCCAUCAAGAUCACCGUCAGGGCGCACGAGGGUGUGUCUAUAUCAUUCAUCUUUUCCGGAGGAUACUACAACCACGUGAGCUCUGACAGGCGCUCUGGCGAGAUACACGUCGACAACAUAUACGCGGGCGGGCGGAAGAACUUCACUGCCUACCUUAGUGUCGCAGGUGGUAACAAAGAGAAGCUAAUGACCGUGGGCGGACGGUACAGAAGCUUAAUGGCGCAUCAGAAGCUGGCCGAUAUGGACGUCGUGGUCUUGCGACCAGGUUCGGCGUGCUCACCUGGCAACAUGACCGUCCACCCUCAGGUGGCGGCGGAGCUUGUGCGGACCAGGUUUUGGAAGGAUAUGAUAUACAUUUAUCGGCACCAUUCUGCCGUGGAACAGCUAUGGGUCCGCUGCAAGCGCUCCGAGGAGGGCCGCGGCGCAGCCAAGGAAACCUUGUUGGAGCUCGGUAAAGACGUUGCUGAAAUUAAGAGAGAGUUCGCUCUCGGCCAGCUGCCUCCUUACUAUAUUUCUUGGCUGAAUUGCCACGAGUGGCAGCGUGCAACCACCAAGGGCACACGCUGCGUCUCCGGUGCUUUCACCGUGCCGACAGCAUGA